UCUGUAUUUAAUGAUCGUUAUCAGUAAACUAAAGGACUUCAAGUCUUCUAUAUGUAAAUGAUAAAUGAUUAAGUUGAUUUUACAUCGAUUACGUUAAUCGACUUUGCGACGAACUAACGCGACUUUAUCAUUGAAAUAUGAAUAUACUACAAAAUUUGUUUAAUUUCUUUAAUAUAAUUGUUAUUAAUCUAAUUGUUAUUGCAAUAUGUAUCAGUACAAAGGAACAAGAAUUUCGAUUAGUAAACGUGAUAUUUAGGCACGGAGAUCGAACGCCAAAUAAAGAAUUAUAUCCAAAUGAUCCAUAUAAGACAUAUGAUUUCUAUCCUAUGGGUUUUGGAGAAUUAACAAAUAAUGGUAAAAAGCGUGCGUAUGAAUUUGGAAAAUUUCUCAGAUCAAGAUAUAGAAACUUCUUAAAUGACAUUUAUACACCAGAACUGAUAAAAGCCCACACUACAGAUUAUUCAAGAACAAAAAUGUCGUUAUUACUUGUUCUUGCAGGAUUAUUCCCGCCUAAAAAUAUUCAAAAAUGGAAUUAUGAUUUAAAUUGGCAACCAAUACCUAUUACAUAUGUUCCUUGGAUUGAAGAUAAUAUCUUAUUACCUAUGGAUUGUCCUUCGUAUGUUUAAACAGUAUAAAUUUUAUGCUAAUAAAUUUGCAC